CUCUCCUCCAGCGUGACCCCAGGAGGAGCCCCCCCGGCCUGCAGCCGGCCCCGGGGAGCUCCUGCCCCUUUAAACCCUAAUUGGGACCAUGCCUUUAAAAUGCCCCAUGGGCCCCCAGCUCUCUCACCCUGCUGGACCAGGCUGGUGAGGAGCAGGUGGGCUGAGCAAGCUGGUCCUCCCCACCCACCCUGCUGCACCCCUCCCCUCUCCCUUUUGCUUCCCCCCCCCAGGCACUUUUAAGCCCCCUCCUUCCUUAGCCAGGCUCCUGUCCAGCUGGCUUUGCCCCCCCUGUUUUUGGGGGACUGGGUUUUAGUCCUGAUCUUGCACUCCUUUUUGCGGAGCCCCCCCCUCUCUUUUCUCUUUGUGCCCAGCCGAAGCAGUCGGCAUGGGUGCCACGGUGUGACAGCACCCUGGGACCUCCUGCUGCUGGUGCCCGCGCCCAGCUUUGCCUUUUUCUCUGGGGGGGGGGACACAAAGCAUGACCGCAGGGCUCCCUUAAUCCUGCCACCAGCUCACCACCCGUUGCCCACCAUGGCUUUGCUCCGUCCCUUCACCACCACCACCCUCCUCCUCCUCCUCCUCGCCGUGCCGCUCUCCCGGGCUGCCAGCCAGACCCCCCCGUUGCCCCUCCUGCAAGCGCUGUGGGCGCAAGCACCGGGCAGCCGGGGCUGGCGGGGGGGGCCGGCGAGCGGACCCCCCCUGCGGUACAUGCUGGAGCUGUACCGGCGUGCCGCCGACCGCGAGGGCCGGCCACGGCGCGGCCGCAGCCCGGGCACCAACACCGUCCGCUUGGUGCGGGCGGCUUCCCACGGGGGACAGCCCUGGGCAGGUCGCUGGUACGUGCAGCCCCUUGCCUACCGCCUGGGCGGCCAACCUGAAGCCGAGCACCUUCUCCGCGCCACCGUGGUCUACCCGCAGAGCCUGCCGCUGCCCCACGGCCGGCUCCUGUGCGCCCUGGAGCUGGUGGCCGCAGCCGAAGCCCCCCCGGUGCUGCUCAGCCCCACCGCCCCACCGCGUCGCGGCUGGACCGAAGCGGACGUCACCCCCUACUUGUCCCCGGGGAACGGCAGCACGGAGGGGACGCUGGCCCUGCGGCACGUCUGCGUGCGAGCCGGCCGCGCCGCCGCCCCGCCAGCCCCACCAUCCCCGGCGGACCCCUUCCUCCUCCUCUUCCUCAAUGACACUCGGAGCGGGACGCUGCCGGAGCCGCGGCGGAGCCGGCGCGACGCGGGGACGUUGGUCCACGACCUUCCCGGCUACCUGCGGGAAGCCGGGGGGGAUAAAAGCGACUGCUCCCUGCGCUCCUUCCCCGUCAGCUUCGCCCAGCUGGGCUGGGACCACUGGAUCAUCGCACCCCACCGCUACAACCCCCGCUACUGCAAGGGCGCCUGCCCGCGGCUUCUCCGCGACGGCUACCACGCGCCCAACCACGCCGUGGUGCAGAACUUGGUCCACCAGCUGGUGGACGCCACCGUCCCCCGGCCGUCCUGCGUCCCCUACCGCUACAGCCCCAUCAGCGUCCUGAUGAUCCAGCACGACGGGGGCAUCCUCUACAAGGAGUACGAGAACAUGAUCGCAGAGUCCUGCACCUGCCGGUAACCCGGAGCUGGAUUUUUUUUGGUGUUGUUUCCUUUUUUUUUUUUUUUUGGGAGGGGUUCGUCUCCGCCCCGGCGCGAUGCUCUGCGGGAAAGUUUUACAGUUUUAUGGAAGAAAGGAGAAAAAAAAAAAAAAGAAACACAAAACUGAGGUUUUUAAAGGCGGGAACCUGCCCCACAGCAUCCCUCCGUCCCGCAGCCGCUGCCUGUUCUGGGGACUGGAGCGCGAAGCUGGUGGAGAGGGGUGUCCCCGUGCUGCCACCCCACGCUGGCAGCACCCACGGGACUCCGUCCUGCGCACCCCAAGCCGUCUUGUCCCAGCUCUGGGAAUUUUGGGGGGUCCCCCCCCCCCCCCUCGCAGCCCCUCCCUGGCUUUGCCUGGGGGGGGGGCUCUGGAAACCGGUGGGACGCGGGGACGGUGGUGCCACCUCCGUCGCGGUCUCCCUUUGCUGUCCCGCAUGGGUUGGGCUCUGCUCCGGGUCUGUGCCUGUCCCUGGGGGUGCCGGUGUCCCCCCCCCCAGGCCCCUGCAGCCUGGCUUUCCUCUAUUUAUUGCUGACUGUAACUAAAUAAAUGCUGGAUUUUGCUAAA